CUUGACAAAUAGUUAUCCCCAAUCCUCAACCUUCAAUCUCCGGAAACACAGGCUUCUGAGGCUCAAACACUUUUGACAGCUGUCUUAGGCUUUGAGCUUCUUCCUUGCAAAACGUCCUCCAGCCAUAGCGUCAGAUAUAUCUUAUCUGGCCUUUUCUCUAAUCGCAACGAGUAUUCUCUGGCAUCCUUGGGCGAUCACGCACUACCCACCCGUCACCUAUCGCCAUGGCUCGCAUUCAGAUCCCUCUCGACGCCCUGACGUCGCGUCUCAACAUUGGCGACCGAUUCGAUGGCUUCCGCAACACCUCCUUGUCCAGCAGAUUCUCGAACCUGCGCCCUGUCGGCGAGUUCCUCGACUUCAAGCGCCUCUCGAAGCCUGCCAACUUUGGUGAGAUGCAGUCUCGUGUCAACUACAACCUGGGACAGUUCUCCAGCAACUACAUGGUUGUCUUCUUCCUUCUGAGUAUCUACGCCUUGAUCACAAGCCCGCUACUUCUGUUCGACAUCGUCCUGCUUAUCGGUGGACUAUGGAUCCUCGGCAAGCUCAACGGUCAGGACCUCGUCAUUGGAAACUUCCGUGCUACCACCUCGCAACUCUACACUGGUCUGUUUGUUACUGUCGCCAUCCUCGGCCUGAUUGCUCCAACUUUCAGCACCGUCCUCUGGCUGCUUGGUGCUAGCGGCGUCGUCAUUAUCGGACACGCUGCGCUUAUGGAUAAGCCUAUCGAUGAGGCUUUUUCUGGGGAGGCGGUCUAGAUGGUCGGCCGCGAGCUCCCAAACACGUGCCCCAAUGGGGAAGACCAUCGAGGCGCGAGAGGAAGGGUUGGGCGCCUCAAGAGGGGGUACACGAACAUUGGGCUUCGGGGCAAAGAGUUGUGGAGGAGGUAGACAGCGAAGAUUCUGAUACACAAGGUGCUGAUUUGGCAAGACGCGGGAAUAGACGGCUUGCUAGUGACUCCCUCGAGUUCACGGGGGUUGAUUUGAGUCGCAGUGAGCGACAACGGCGCGCAUAUGCAUAUGACGAAGGGAAUGAGUCUACGGAGGACGACUCAGAAGAGAGUUCUGAUCACGACAGCGACAACGACGAGGAUGAUGCUACGCG